AUGGCCAAGAAGAUUUCGAAGAAAAAGAAGAAGACAAAGAAGAGGCAGUUAGUAAUUCCAACGAAAUCAUCUGAAGAAGAAGAUGUUCCUGAAACACCCGAACCCGAACCUAUUAUAGAGCCUACUUCUCCUGAGAAGACUAUUGUCAUACCACCCAAAGUUUUGUCUGCCAAAUCAUCUCAUGAGAAGGUACGAACUUUACACAUCAAUACAAACGUAACUGAUAUAGGUGUAAAUGUCAUCAUGGGUGAAGGAGAUCUAUCGAAGGAAACUACUCAACCUCCACAAGUCUCAAGCAGACAUGGGGGAGGAAGUUUAGUGUCCAAUUUCGAAAUUGAUGGACUGAUGAAGGCUUGUGAGGCACGAAUAGUGAGCAGGAUGUCUGGUAUUCUUAGAGAUACCGAGUCCAGAAUCUUAGAGAAGGUUGAUCAAAAUGAUCAAAACAUUGAGUUAAGGGUAAAUUCUUUCAAUUACAAAUAUGUAGGAGCUGUGAAAGAGUUAACGAAUGUUCAAAAGCAACGACACACACUGUUCGUUAUGGAUGUGAAGAAGGUGAGAGAAGAUGGUAAUUUGAAGCUUCAAGAUCUUCGUGAUGACAUGGUUCGUGAAGUUGCAGUUGUUCAGAAUGAUUAUGCUACUCCGCAUAAGAAAUUUGAUAUUAUUUGUGAUGUUGUCACGAAAUAUGUUACGUUGUGCGAAAGCUUGAUUCCUCAAAUUACUCAACUUUCUACAACUGACAAUCAACAGUUUGGAGAGGUUAUUUCGAUGCUCAAAGAUUUGAAGGAGUCAGUGCUCAAGCCUACUACAUCUUCGAUAAUUACUCCGGAGUUUCUCUCACAAAAGUUUACAUAG